UCAUCUCCUCUUCCUUUUUCCCUCUUCUUUCCUUUUUUAUUCGUUCCUUCAUCGAUCCUCUUCUUCUCUGUGAUUCUCGUCGCCAUUGCUGCGAAGAAAGCUCGAUGCGAUGAUGGACAAGUACGAGAAGCUAGAGAAGGUUGGGGAGGGAACCUAUGGCAAGGUCUACAAGGCGCAGGACAAGGCCACGGGGCAGCUGGUGGCUCUCAAGAAGACCCGCCUUGAAAUGGAUGAAGAGGGCAUCCCUCCCACUGCUCUCCGUGAGAUCUCUCUUCUCCAGCUCCUUUCCCACUCCAUCUAUGUCGUCCGGCUGCUCAACGUGGAGCAUGUGGAUAAGAAUGGAAAGCCAUUGCUCUACCUUGUGUUUGAGUUCCUUGAGACUGAUCUCAAGAAGUACAUAGAUUCGCAUCGAAAGGGCGUGAACCCUAGACCUCUUCCCCCAUCGCUCAUUCAGAGCUUCAUGUAUCAAUUGUGCAAAGGAGUGGCACACUGUCAUAGCCAUGGUGUUCUUCACAGGGAUUUAAAACCUCAAAAUCUAUUGGUUGAUAAGGAGAAAGGAAUUCUGAAGAUAGCUGAUCUUGGACUUGGAAGGGCUUUUACCAUUCCUCUAAAAAGCUACACUCAUGAGAUUGUGACACUCUGGUACAGAGCCCCGGAGGUAUUGUUAGGAUCCACACAUUACUCAACUGGAGUGGAUAUAUGGUCUGUUGGAUGUAUAUUUGCUGAAAUGGUAAGAAGACAAGCUCUAUUUCCCGGUGACUCUGAAUUGCAGCAACUUCUUCACAUAUUCAGGUUGCUAGGAACUCCAACUGAGGAACAAUGGCCUGGUGUACGCAACUUGCGAGACUGGCAUGACUAUCCACAAUGGAAACCUCAGAACUUAACUCGCGCCGUUCCGUCACUGGAACCUGAUGGGGGUUGAUCUUUUACUGAAAAUGUUACAAUACAACCCAGCCAACAGAAUCUCAGCAAAGGAAGCAAUGGAUCAUCCUUACUUUGACAGCCUUGAUAAGUCACAGUUUUAAACAUUACUACCUUUGUUUGCAAAAGCAGCUGCCUGCUUUGCUGGAAUAAAGCUUUGAUUUCAACUCCAAUUGUUAUGGAUGAAAAUGUUGUGUUUUUGAAUGUGCUAGCUUGCCCUCCCUCUGACUGAGAGAUAUAUCCACUAGUAAUUUAUUUCUGGAUUUUGCAGGGUUUUUCUGAAAACUUAGGCCUAAUCUAACCGCAGUUAACAGCCGUGAUAAUCAGCCCACCCAACACCAACCACUAUAGCUCCACUUACGUGAU